AUACGUAUAAACAUUCCAGAUUGCUUUAGGUGGAAACGAUUUUUCUACAUCUGAAAUUGUGCCAAGUUCCUCAUUCGGCUACACAUAUUCAAGUUUUACUGGCUUACAUUUGGAUGACGGAGAGUAUACUGUUUCAGUCACGGCGAUAAACGAAGUAAAAAUGUACAGUAAGAGAAAAUCAGCCAGUUUCUACUUACUCACGGAAAAACCUAUUUUAACAGGAGCACCCAUUGAUACCACGUGGCAAGCUGGCCCGCUAAAAGCUACGGCAUUAUGGGUAAACGUCUUUGCUUCUGAUCAUCCUAUAUUCUAUGAAGUAACCGUUCGAUUGGCUGAGGGCGGCGAAGGAGACCUAAUACAGUGGCAGGAAACUGCAAAUACUAAAGUAGAAAUUAUCCUCGAGGCGGAUGAGCUGUCUGGUGGCGUGACUAUUCGUUUUAGUAUCAGAGCAAUUAACUUCUCUGGAUUGUUUACGACUGUGUCUUCAGAUCUGUUUGUGGCCCCUUAAUAGGUUUAAGCUAUGAACAUUUGAAAGAAAAAACAAUGUU